UUCCGGGUUACAGAUCAUGCAUUUUUAUCGCAAUUAUUAUACAGACAUCUCAGUUCAUAUAUAGACAUUAUGCCGUAAAACCAAUCAUAAUAGAUCCAAUCGGAUCGAAGUAGGACCCGGAACCGGAAGUAAACCUGCAACAAGACACGUGGUGGAUGAGGAACGUCGCUGUUCACCGGUUAAUUCAUUUACGGAGAAUACACCAGCUGUCGAAUAGCCAUCAAAACAACCGAGGGAGGAUUUCAAGCUACCGAAUCGGCAAGGUGCCUUGAUGCAAAGUGCGACUAGAAUGACUAAAGAAAAUCGCUGGAACAUUCCUCCGAAUGCCCCGGCCUGCAUGGAGAAGCACCUCGACUCCGUGCAUUAUAGGAAAGAUGGCAGCCUGUUGAUGGGUGCUUCCAGCCUGACCGGUAGGUGCUGGUCAGGCUCCAUCUGGGUGUAUCGGGACCCCACGCAGUGUCCCAGUGAGGACCGCUGUAGUGCAGGCGUGCAGACAGAGUCCGGCAUCUCGGAAGCCAGGUGGGUGUCAGAGUGCGGCAUCCUGGUGGCUUCAGAUUCAGGUGCCGUGGAACUGUGGGAACUGGCGGAGGAUGGCAGGCUGAUAGUGAACAAGUUCAGCCUCCAUGAGCACGAUGACAUUGUCACCAGUGUCAGCCCCACCAGCGGAGGGGGCAUGGCAGUCAGCGGCAGCCUGGACUCCUGCAUCAAGGUCUGGGACCUGAAUCAGGAGACGGUGGUCAACACCUAUAAUGGUCACUCAAGCUCCGUCAACUGUGUGUCCUGCAGUCCUCUUGAUGAGGCCCUGUUCCUCUCCUGUGGUCAGGAUGGUCGUCUCCUGCUUUGGGACAGGAGGAAAUCUCAGCCAGCCAGCCGCCUAGAUGCGGUGUCCCCCAACUGCUCCGCCACAUCGCUAGCCUGGCACCCACAGCAGAGCAACAUCAUCGCCUACGGUGACGUGCUUGGGCGGGUGACUCUGAGGGACGUCCAAGGAGAGCGGGUCCAGACAUUAAACGCCCAUGACCGUAGUGUUAUGGGCCUGGCUUUUUCUACGCACAGUGUCCCCUUGCUGGCCUCCAUCAGCGACGACUGUUCCGUAGCAGUGAUGGACUCCCAGCUUUCAGAAGUCUUCCGGAACCGGCAGCACCAAGACUUUGUGCGAGGUGUGAGCUGGGCCCCAGGGGGGGCUGACACUCUGACCACGGUGGGCUGGGACCACCAGGUGUUCCACCACAGUGUGGGACUGACCCAGUCUGCCUGCCCUGUGGACCCUUAGGACUUCUCAGUGGGGGAGGAGGGCGGUCAGAAUCAGGGGUAUAACCCAGGACUUGACCACCUCAUUUGGGGCGAGGGGGGGGCAUUUUAUAUACAGCAGAGGGUGUAAUUGAGCAAAUGAGUUUGCAGCCCUUUUUUUCCGACACUCUGCUACAGCUAGGGGGUGCCCUCUCACAGCUGCCUUGGCACCCAUCCAGUUGAGCCCAGGUUAGCCGGCAUUUGUGCCCACCUUAUGCUGACACAGUCCAGCCAGUGCCUUAUGGGACCUCUGCACUCCUCAUGCCAUUUUAGCCAACAAACGUUACCAUAGCACCCAAAGAAGCCCUCUGGAACCCAGUAGCUAUGGAAACCCCCGCACGUCUUAGUGGAUUCGGCAAUUUUGUUUUCGGUUGGACUCAGUUUGUCUUAGACCUCCCCUGAGACUGCUGGCUUUGGUUUCACCCAACCUGUGAAGUACUGACGUUUGACGAGAUUAUAUAUCAGUGCUGGUAAUACACCUCCUGGUUUUCCCAGCUGUUAAUAAAGUUUGUAUUUGUGAA